CGGAUGAUGAUGAACUCGACCUGGUUGGUGCUCCUUUGCGAUUUAUUUCAAUUGCUACACUGACUUACUUCGUACUGCUUGCAAGAACUCGCCCUGGGCAGCAGACAUCUUUGAACCACGGAAAACUCAAAGUCCCAACAAAUUCCCUCGUGUUGAGUCUUCUCCCGGCAGCGAAAAUGACAGGGUGACAAGGGCUUUGCUCAACGUAAUGGGCAAUGGAAUCUGGACUCCAGGUGGUCCCGAGCUCAAGGACCUCGCAAUCGAAUGGCAUCCUUCGCCGGCCUUGGAUAUCAUUCCCGCAGCUCCGGCUCAGGCUUCCCUACAACCGGUCCCGAUACGAGAGACUACCAGGCGCAAGGAAAAGAAGAGAUUCGCGCUCCCAAUCAUCAUCGACGGCGAAACCGAGUCCGUGGCGGUUAUGGCCUGCCCAGAUACCGGAUCCUUCGAGAGUAUCAUCCCGCUGGAGUUGGCGAAGCAGCUCGGCCUUCAAGUCAGCCCGGUGGAGGAGAGUUUUGCUCUGGCCAAUGGCAAAGUUGUCAAAUCCCUCGGAAUCGCUACUGUCCGAUGCUCGUUUGGGACCCCGGGAGUGGUGAAAGCCGAAGCAUCCAAACGCCUCAAGUUUACCGUCCAUGUUUUCGAAACCUUGGCCGUGCCCGCCAUCAUCGGCUCCUCGUUCCUAGACGAAACGGAAACGUUCACCAAGCACCGGGAUCGCCUGGUUGAACAAAGAGUGACUGCUCUGCAAUCGCUUCGCGUGUGUAGCAUUGGUAAGCCCAGAAAGGGGUUGGUCUGUCGUCUUGAUAGCUUUGUUGGCUGUGCGAAUGCGGACACGGGCUCCGAUUUGGAUCUGGUCAGCCCCAAGUUCGUGCAUCAACGAGGGCUCAAGAUCCGAGAUGACAUUUACAUGAUUCUCGAAUUUGCCGACGGCAGCACUGGACGGACCCGUGGGAGCAUCGAUGUUCGCUUCGCCAUUGGAAACGUCGACAACGAACGUGGAUUCGUGCCUCGAGGAAGCGAGUUAGACCUUGAGUUUUUUAUCCUUGAUGAUCUGACAUCGGAUAUUCUGGUCGGUCAGGAUACCCUGGAGGAGAUGCACGUCAUCAGCGAAAAUGGCGACCUAGUGAUAGACUCGGUACCGCAGCCGGGGCUGUCCGACUGCAACAUCAUUCGUCACAUUGGAAGCGUUGAGCGCACCGCCAUAUCAGCUCUCAGAACGGUCAAGAAGAUUUUCAGUCGGCAAGACACGCAUAGCCCAAGCCUCGUGGUAGAUAUCGAAAACCCCGAAGAUGACCUCAUAGCAAUGCAGCGAGAGAACGCACGUCGCGAGGCAGAAGCCACAGGGGCCGCCUACAAGUGUGAAUUUCCCGAUUGUACGGCGCCCCCGUUCCAAGCGCAGUACCUCCUCAACUCCCACGCAAAUAUACACUCAUCGGCAAGACCUCACCACUGUCCCGUGGAUGGAUGCCCCCGAGGUCAGGGCGGGAAGGGUUUCAAGAGGAAAAACGAAAUGAUCAGACACCGCCUUGUGCACGAGAUGCCAGGGUAUGUCUGCCCGUUCUGCCCGGACGGAGAACAAAAAUACCCCCGGCCUGACAAUCUGCAACGGCAUGUUAGGGUCCACCACAGCUACGACAAGGAUGACCCGUUGUUGAGAGCCGUGCUUGCAGAGAGACCAGAAGGGACGAACAGGGACCGACGAAGACGCGGGCUCUAUUCCUCGAAUGGCUCUACGUGAACGAGACAUAUAAACUUGGCGAGUCCAGCCCACCUGAGGUGAUUUGCAAAGAAGGGCACUUGGAAAUUCAUGUUAAUAGCUAUUAAGGAGAGAUGGGUAUCAAUCAAAAACGAGGGCUGUUAAACCGAAUACGACGGCACACAAUCACCGACGGCUGAAGGCUUGGUGGCCAGCUGAUCGGAGUGAUCGUUUGGUCGGAUCAGAGCUUCCCUCCCACUUCUCAGGCUGACAGCCUAUAGCGAUAGAACCAGCGUACUCCGCAGCAUAUCCUACUGAAGGCAACAUAUUGU